UGAAGCUAGUAGUAUAGGAGAAGCCAGACGUUGUGAAAGGAGAAGCCAGAGAAGCUGAAAAGCGCCAAUCCGUCUGAGAUCUGGUUCUGUCCGUGUCUGGAAGCUCAGUAUUCAGCGUCGUAGUGCUUACUUCUUGGACCGUCUGGCCUGCCGGAACACGAAUUUCAGUGGUCGAGCGGACUCGCAGGAAUAGCAUUGCAUAGCAAUACGGUGCAAGCACUGUCUCAAGUUGCAUUGCCCGCUCCAUUGAUGGCCCUCUCCAAAGCAGGGCCCCUGCUAUGGUCACCGGCAAAUGUUUCUUGCCGAUGUCUGAAAGGGGAGUCUUCAGGAGGUCAGAUCUUGCAAACCCAAGGAUUCAGACUGCUGCAUCGGCCAUGGUUUCACAAAACUUCAAUCAAUCCUCAACUGCCAAAACGUGGCUCCUUUCUUACGACCUCAGCACUGCACACUGGUGAAAACCUGGUUUUUUCACCACCUCAGCGACAGUGGACCCGUCAAACUUCCCUUGACGGCAAGGAUGGUUAUGCGCGCGGCCGGGCUGUUCAGACGAGGGCAGCUGCAGAUGAUAAAGUUGGGCUUGAUGACGAUGAGGAUGAGGAAUACUACAACAGUGGCACGCUCGGGGGCUCCUGCGAUCCUCUUUGUUCCGUAGAUGAGACCAGCUCUGAAGACUACCAGCUUGGGGCGAAGAACGCAAAGUCCGACAUUGUCAAGGCUGUUGCUAUCGGCGCAGCUGUGUGUGUUGGCGCUGGCGCAAUCCAGCAUUCAUGGGUGGCAGAACAUCAGGACCUGGCCAUGGCCCUGGUGUUCAUUGCUGGCUACGCGGGCAUCAUCUUUGAGGAGUUUUUCUCGUUCAACAAGAGCGGCGUUGGCCUCGUCAUGGCCGUCAGUCUUUGGACGAUCCGGAGCCUGGCCUCCUCGGAUAAUGCCGGGAUAGAGCUCAGAGCACAGGGCGAGCAGGUGAGCGAGAUCGUGUUCUUCCUGCUGGGCGCGAUGACGAUCGUGGAGAUUGUGGACGCGCAUCAGGGGUUCAAGCUGGUGACGGACAGCAUCAACACGUCGGACAGCAAGGUGCUGCUGUGGGUGCUGGCCACCAUCACGUUCUUCCUCAGCUCCAUCCUGGACAACCUCACCACCACCAUCGUCAUGGUCUCGCUCCUGCGCAAGCUCGUGCCCGACCCCGAGCAGCGCAGGUUUUACGGAGCCGUUGUCGUGAUUGCUGCCAAUGCUGGCGGUGCAUGGACUCCCAUUGGUGACGUCACUACAACCAUGCUGUGGAUCAACGGACAGAUUACCACCUUUGCAACUAUGAAGGAUCUCUUCCUCCCGUCCUUCGUCUCCCUGGCCCUUCCUUUGGUGUUGAUGACCUUCAGCAGCGACGCGCUGCAAGAGAAGGAGUCGCGCAAGUCGUUCAUCAUGAGCGAGGAGGCGAUGGCCCCGCGCGGCAAGCUGGUGUUCUUCGUGGGCCUGGGCGCGCUCCUCUUCGUGCCCAUCUUCAAGUCGCUCACCGGCCUCCCGCCCUACCUCGGCAUGCUGCUCGGCCUCGGCGUGCUCUGGGUGCUCACCGACGCUAUCCAUUUGGGAGAGGACGACCGGCAAAAGCUGAAAGUGCCGCAAGCGCUCAGCCGCAUCGACACGCAGGGGGUACUCUUCUUCCUUGGCAUCUUGCUGUCCAUCUCCAGCCUGGACGCAGCGGGCCUGCUGAAGGAGCUGGCGACCUUCCUGGACGAGCACCUGCCCAACGUCGACGUGGUGGCGACCGUGAUCGGGUUAGCGUCCUCAGUUAUUGAUAACGUCCCGCUCGUGGCAGCGACACAGGGGAUGUACUCCAUGCAGCAGUACCCCGUCGACGAUCGCCUAUGGCAGCUCAUAGCGUAUUGCGCGGGCACCGGGGGCUCGAUCUUGGUGAUUGGGAGCGCGGCGGGGGUGGCGUACAUGGGCAUGGAGAAGGUCGACUUCUUUUGGUACCUGAAAAAGAUUAGUCCCUUCGCCUUAGCCGGCUACAUGGCUGGCAUCGGAGUCUACCUUCUUCAAAAUCAACAGGGGGUCGACCUUCCAAGCAUACCUGCAAUGCUCCCCUUGAUUCCGGGACUUGGCUAGAAGGUUCGCCGAACCUCUGCAAUCUCGGAAAAUCUAUGCUGGUGGAUAACAAAACUCUACAGAGAUCAUACGAAUUCUUACAAAAGUCGUUUUUCCCUUUAUGAUUGAGACCGCUGAUAGUCCAAAUGGUUGAUACCAAUUCUUAAGACAAUACGGAGUCGGACAUCGUGGGCAGGUCCCCAGUACUAAAGUCGGGGCCACGAGAUCACCAGGCAGGUUUGAAGCUGAAGUACGAAUGGCCCCCUGACGGACUACAUUCUAUGUCAGAACAACCUUUGUAUUCACUGCCGCACGUUUGCGGAAGCUGUUGGUAACUCACAACAUUUGCUGGCACUUCAGCUUGGAUCCCGGCCUGCAGGAUCAUUGAUGCAC